UUACAUGCAAGGCUCAAUAGAAGAAGUGGUGUUAUCUGGAGCCCAGGGCCUUGGUAAAAGAGAACGAGAAAUAUGGCUGCAUUUUCAAGGUUUCUGAAGUUUUCCAACUGCAUUGCUCGCUUUUCUGACAGAGAUUGUAAGGCUUGAAGUGGUCAGGGAGACCGCGACUCAAAAAUGGCUAACCAAGAGCACUUUAUCCGACGGGAGAGAUUUCAAGAUGAGAAGGAAGAGAAAGAAGAAGAGGAAGAUCCUCCAGAUGAGACGAGGGACCUGCAGGAGGAGCUGACCAGCUUCCGCCAGCAGUGGAGAGAAGAACUGCUGGCCAGCGCCGGCUCUGUAGGCAAGCAGGACAGGACUUCAGCAGGCAACCGGGUACGGGAACCGGCCAGCCCCGCUGAUGCUACCUCAACUGCGAACCAUCUGCCAGGAGCUCUGAUGGACAAGGGCAUCCGCCCCAACUGGUCAAUAGGCAGCGUUCCCUCCACCAGCAACCCAGUCCCUUUUGUGGUCGUUAACGCCAAGCUUGACACCAGUGAUAAGCAGGGGAAUCCUGCCACUGCUAGCGUUAGAAGUAGUGGGCAGCAGCAGCUACAGCAACCGGAGCAGCAGCUGUCAAUUGCCAACGUUGCCACAAAGAGAACCACGGAGAAAAAUGAAGUUGAUACAACCAGGCAACUCAACAGAGAAGAGACCAUUGAAACGAAGGCCAAGGAGCUGUUCAUCCAAGGCGUCAAUGCCGAGAGAAAAGGAAAUCUCACAGAAGCGAUCUGCAAGUAUCGCCAUGCUAUUCAGCUGGUGCCAGACGUGGAGUCUAAGAUCACCGACUACACCAUCAACCAAGUCAAGAAGGAAGACGAUACUGAGAAUGACAUUCAGGAAGGCUUUGAUGAUGACGGAAACGAGGAUGAUGCAGAUCGUGAUGGCAUAGAGGAGUUGGAAUCGGAGCUGAAUGCACUCACUACCAAUGACAUAAAGUCCCACUGUGAACCCGAGUUCCAGCAGGCGAGCACGCACAUCUCAGCAUUACCAGUGGAGCUUCUCUUGUACAUCUUCCGCUGGGUGGUGUCCAGCGACCUGGACCUCCGUUCCUUGGAGCUGUUGUCCUUUGUGUGUCGUGGGUUCUACGUCUGCGCCCGUGACCCCGCUCUUUGGCACCGGGCAUGCCUCAGUAUGUUUGGUGCCAAUCUUUGCCUGACAAAGGAGUACAUCUCCUGGCGGCAGAUGUUUCUGGAACGGCCACACCCAAACUUUAAUGGCCUCUACAUCAGCCGCAACACCUAUUUCCGGAAGGGGGAGGCAGACGAUGACGGAUUGUACAGGCCCUGGCACAUGGUGGAAUACUACAGAUAUGUCAGGUUCUUCCCUGAUGGUGUUAUGCUGAUGUAUAGUGCCCCAGAUGAACCCAAGCUGAUAGUUGGUAAGCUCCGGAGCCAGACUACAACGCUGCAGAGUGUUGUUGUGGGGCACUAUCGGCUGGACGGGGACUUGAUCACUGGUGUGCUGCGCCGAGAGAACAACAAGGUGUACGACAACAAUCUGAGGCGCUACAUCCGGUACAAGCGCCACAUGAAUACCAAAUUGGACACUGAACACAUUUUCUAUGUGGAGUUCAUCAUUCUGUCCUGCGGCCACCGUCCCAACUUUAAGUUGGACUGGCGGUCUUACAGCUGUCAUACUCACCACAGGCCCACCGGUCGCACCACCGUCACUGACUUUGAAGUGGACAAGAAGUUCAAGCCGUUGAUCUUCUCUCGAGUCAAGAGCUAUACCAAGACCUCAGAGAGUCCCCUGUGAAGACACCGAGACCAGCCACCAAGCCUUUGUGCCACCCUGUUGAUUAGACAAUGCUUGAUAGGAGAUCGGUCAGUACCUUAGCAACAGGACCACGGGGAAGCCUACUCAAGUAAGAAAGACCCACAUUCCUGCAUCUGAUUAAUCUAACCCUUAAGCUGGCUUGGAUCCUUGAUGGUAAUUGUUGAUACCAUAGCAACCUCAUUUUCGUACCAGUUGAUCAAGGUUGGGUUUACUGUGAAGUAUUUUUUAGAAAGCAGUAUUGUGCUAUUCUGUAUGCAGAUUUUGUUUUUCAAUCAUGUACAUUUUGAAAUGAAACCUAAUUUACAAGCUAAAAUAACUGAAUAAAGACAAACGGUAAGGUUGCCCAGAAAACUCAACUCCUGAAGCUUAAUUGGUAAAAUCGGCGAUUGGGUAAAAUGGUCAUUCCAUCUUUCUGGCUAUAUUACUGGAGAUUUUUUGUGGGAAAAUCUGUUUACAGUAGUAAGAACAUCAUACAUGUACAUGUGUAUCUCAAACCGAGUCCCAAACUGCUAUUUUUCACAAUCUAUCCUUAAAACUAAGAGCUCAAAAAAAUCUUGUGUUACUUAAUUUUAGAUGAAUCAUUCAGAUUUGAAAAUAGAUUUUGGUAUUGAAGUCAGUAGGCAGUGCCAAGAGAUAAUGGAAGGUGUCCAUCUUGAACAGCAAUAUACAGUUACCCAAAUGUAUAGAAAGAGUUGAUUUAAUUUACACAGUACCUUGACGGCUAGGCAUACAUAUCGUUUGAGCCAAGGCCCUGGAUGGUAAGGCGUCCUCAAAGGGUUAGAAGAAACAUGGUCCAUGUCACUGUAAUCAGCAUGUGAUAUGGUGUCAGUAAUGUCAAGAGGUAACGAUUGUGACCAAUCAAAUCGGUUGUGAUGUUUAUUACAUUGAAAGGUUGACACAAAGCAACUCGAUGGAUAUCACAUGUGGCUCAAAAUCAUCACACUUUAUGCAUCUUUUCACAACCAAAUCUUGCUAAUCCCGUUCUUGUUACAAAAGUGUCAUUUUGUGCUAAAUCGUACAAAAUCAGGGGACCUCCCGUGUAACCUAACUUACAUUUGCCUGAAAAAAAUCUUGUACAUAUCUUUCAAUACCAGAACAAAGGAAAAGACAGUUUCAGCUCAAUGUCCUAAAUGGUUUGCUUAUUAUUGUUUAUGAUUCGGAAACAAUGAAGGCCUUUAGAGAUGUUACAAAAACGAGCAAUUUGUGGUUGGCAAAAAGUGGCAAAGCCUCCACACUUUCAGGGGCUCUAUCAUGAAAAGUUUUCAACUUAUGGAGCUAAAACUUUUUUUUCGGUUGUUUGGUAUGUCAAGGUUUUUUUAGUAAUUUUGUCCAGGCAAAACUUAAUUGGGUCAUACAAGAGGAUAUUUGAAUUGGUAUGGAAUGAUCCAACAGGGCAUGCCUAGAUCGCUCCAACAUUUUUGUUAUUUGUCAAUUCUGAUGGAUCUCACUUGUUAGAUUCCACCGUCUCUAAGCUGUCUAGCCGGUGAAGCAUUGCUUAGUUUUAUGCAUUUGUGUAGAGUGCCAGUCAAGUAUUGGCAUUUUGGGGAUAACUUGGGGGGGGGCACAUAUUGUGAAUCACUUCCAUUUAAUAACAGCAGUUCAGUCUUUCAGUUUCUGUGAGCUUUCUCUUUAGAGUUGAGAUUGAGAAUUUCCAGUGCUUUUUUUCAGGACUUGCAUACCCUAUGCACAUGCCCCACAUAUACAUGCACAUACUGCUAGCAUUGUAUAUAAUGCAAUUUGUAUGCAACUCUUGAUGUGUGUAGAUACAAAGAGUAGAUACAUGAUAUGCGAUACUCGGUGUACAUGAGGUAAACAGUGGUUUUUGUUGAGUGAACAUGGCUCAUGUGACCAUUCUGUAUCAAUCAAAUUACAGUGUCCAAGUGGCUUUGUUUUUAGUGGCCCUAUUAUUGCCAGUGUGCAUAAUGCUGUUGUGCCAUUGUUUUAUGACACUGCAUCAUAUCACAUGCAGGUUUUAUUUUCGAGCAAAUGCAAUUCAAGCAGAAUUUGUCUUUAAAUGCGUAGAAAUGUCAGUCCACAUUCUGCAGACUUUGUAUCUCCCAGUAGCAGAGUGACCUUCCAGCAAUGCACCAGUCCAGACAAUGGACAAAUAUCUAGAAAGAAAGGAUUGCAGCAUCAGGUUUUUCCCUCUGCGUUUGAGCUGACUUUACCCCAAAUUGGAAGAAGUUUAACUUUUUUCUGCUCCAAGAAGAGAACAUCCAGUAAUAGAUAAAACGAGUGUGUGUUGACAAUUCCUAGACCUGUUCAGUGAUUCAAACGUCAUGCUUUGUUACUGAUGUAUAAGUUUUAUUAUUGAUUUUUAAAAGUUAAGAUUGACGAAUUGGCACAGAUCUCCUAACUCCGUCAUUUGGCUCAAGUUGGAGGUGCGACCAGUGAUCUAUUCUCAUUUAUGAAAGUUGAAACGUACAUGUAAUUUAUGCGUACUGCUUAAUGUGUUUGUUCCAUUGGUGCGGGGAAAUACAGAUGGUGUAAUGGCCAAAAAUGUCAUUGGGACAAAUUCGCUUUCCCACAAUUAAAAUUUUGGUCCUAACUUUUCCUAACAAAAGAAAUUGCCCCUUUAAUGCUGUGGAGGCCAACUCAAAUACUUGACAAAAACUAACAGUUGUAUCGUUCUGAUUUUGAAAAAAACCCUCAAAUGUUGGAGGGCAGUAUACCAUUGA